AUGCAGAUCUUCGUCAAGACAUUGACAGGCAAGCACAUCACCCUCGAAGUCGAGCCAACAGACCGUAUUGAGGACGUUAAGGCUAAGAUCCAGGAUAAGGAAGGUAUUCCUCCGGACCAGCAGCGUCUUAUCUUCGCUGGUAAGCAGCUCGAAGAUGGCAACACACUUCAGGACUACUCUAUCCAGAAAGAUUCUACACUCCACCUUGUUCUUCGUCUUCGUGGUGGUGGUAAGGAAGCUUACGAACCAUCCCUUCGUAUUCUUGCCGAAAAGACAAACGUUAAGCGUUCUGUCUGCCGCAAGUGCUAUGCCCGCCUUUCCGAGCGUGCCCAGCAAUGCCGUCACAAACAAUGCGGACAUUGCAAGUCCAUCCGUCCAAAGAAGGCUGGUAAGGAGUAA